AUGUUAUUUGUGCACAAGGACGCCUCCGCCCGCCGACGAUUUCCCUUCUUCGCUUCGUCUCCGCCGAAGUCGCCUCCGGGGUCCUUAGCUCUUCCCUUCGAAGACACAGUCGCCGCCCGCCUCGCAGAUCUGCUCCGCGAUGCCUCCUCCCUCUCCUGGCUCGCUCGCGCCGUCCGCGUCCUCGCCCUCAUCCUCGACGCCGCCGCCGCCCUCCUGGCUGACUCCUCCGCUUCCUCCUCUGACCUUGCCACUCUCGCCUGCUACCUUGACUCCGGCGUCGUCCUCCUCGACAUCUGCAACGCCGCCUCCGCAGAGAUCGACCGCCUCCUGCGCCGCCGCCUCCACCUCCGCUUUGCCAUCCACGCCAUCGCCACCUCCGACGGCGGCCGCGACGCCGAGAGGCUACGGAAGGCGCGGGAUUCGCUGGUGGAGUGGACCGCCUGCGCCCGUCGCUCGAUCAAGCCGUCGAUCGUCGGCCUUGUGCGAUCCCUGGCCCCAGCCAACCCCCCAAGAGGAAAGAUCUCGAUCGCCCGGAGGGUGAUCUACGCGGUGGAGGCGGUUUCUUCCCUGAUCGCUGGCAUCCUGGUCGCCGUCCUAGGCGGCAGCGAGCAGCUCACCCCCGCCAGUGUCCCUUCCGACCUGCCCUGGGCGAAAGAGUACAACGACCUUGCCGCCGCGAUCUCGUGCGAGCUCGUCGGCGAUAGGUUCGCCGCGGAGCUGGAUGCGGCUGAGGCCGCCGUUAAGACUUUGACGGACGUGAUCUCAACAGACGGUGACGACGAGAAUACAGAGACGACGUUACGGAAAUACGUGGAAAGCACGGAGAAAGCCACGGGCGGAUUAACGGAAGCGUUGGAUGAGUUAUCUAACGCCGUUAACGGGCUGUUCCGCUCGGCGCUGGGUUUGAGGAACGUGACUUCGCAAGCAUUCCGUGUCGACUCCUGCAACUAA